GUGGUGCCGUUGUUGGCCUUUCGAGUGUCGGCUCCAUUCAACGUGGAUCGGCAUUGACACAUAUCCAUGCGUCCGCGGGAACUUCUUUCCCCCUAUCGACCGGCAUCAACUAAACACUCUCUGGGCGUCGUCCUUGGUGCCGUCUUCCUAUUGUCAGUCUAGCACCAUUACUCCUUUCUGCGAUGACUCCCACCCCGAAUGAGGCCGCGGCAGCCGCCAGCACGACACCAGACCCCGAAUGCGAUGUAUGCCAAAAGAUCAUGCAGAUAUUUGACCUUCCGUUCGAUGAACAGCUCACUGUUGAUAUGGGCGAAGUCGGCCAUCUCCUCACGUACGACUGCGACCAUACCAACUGGCUCCGAAACGCCAGAUACAUGUACGGCCCUGUGCCGCGGUAUGAGACCCGAAAGCUGCAAUUGGUCAAAUGGAGCCAUAACACGGGGGCGUUUCUAGGGGUGAGCUACUACAAAAAGAGCUCGUCUUUUUGGAGCACGACUCGACAGUUCGAGUUGGUUCACCGGCCGGACAUCCCUCACCACAAGGGACGGGGCAGGGUAUUGGACACACAAUGGAUCGAUAUCAACCUCAUCAAAACCUGGCGGUCUGAAUGUAUGGAUCGGCACGGUCUCGAGUGCGACAAGUCGAAAAUUGCAGACAUGAGUUCGUUUCGCCCAGAGUGGUUGAUCGACGUGGUACAAGGAUGUGUUGUCCCGUGCGACGAGCGCACCUCGAGGUUUCUCACCCUCUCCUACACCUGGGGCCAAACCAAGAAUUUCCGGACGCUGAAGAGUAACCUCGAAGCGGUCAGGCAGCCCGGGGUCUUGUUCUCAGGCCCCAUCGCCUCCGAGGUGCCUCUGACUAUCCGCAACGCGAUUUGGCUCACAGAGGCCUUGGGGGAAACGAGGCUCUGGGUCGACAGCCUGUGCAUUGUCCAGGACGACAGUUCGGCGCUGGCCCAUGACCUCAGGCACAUGCAUCUAAUCUUUGCAAGCUCUUUCUUGACCCUUAUCGCCGAGGAUGGGCAGAACGCAGGGCACGGCCUCCGCGGACUGCAUGGGAUCUCUCCUCCGAGGGCCAUGGAGCAGCAUGUCGUACCUUUGGCGGGGGGCGAGAGGCUGGCGACGAUGGGCAACUUCGAACCCGGUAAGGAGCCUGAAGUUUACGACUACGACCAGCGCAUGUGGACCUUUCAGGAACGGAUGUUUGCCAAGAGGCGGCUCAUCUUUGCAAAGGGUUCCGUAAAGUGGCAGUGCAACUGCGUGCAGUGGUCCGAACACGUCAUGUCCCAUGCGGAGGCGGACCGACACGGCCAGAUGAUGCAAGAUCACCUGGCGCUUUCGACGAGUGUGCCAAGCCUCUCUUGCUUGCAUAGUCUGAUCGUGGACUUCAACCGUCGGAACCUGACCUUUGACGGAGACGUGUCAGGCGCAUUCUCUGGAAUCAGCACGUAUCUGGAACAAAGAUUUCCGUACGGUUUCAUAGCCGGGCACCCCGAGAUCUUUUUUGACAUCUCGUUGCUCUGGCAUUCGAGUGGGAGGCUUCGCCGGAGGCGCCCGUUUGAGAAAUCCUUGGAAGCGCCGACGACCACAGGACCGCCUAGUUGGUCAUGGAUGGGGUGGCAGGGCGCGACAUACUUUCCUUGUGAUCUCGAAUACGAAUAUCCACCGCUGGGGGACACGGGUUUCACCGCACCACUUACAGAGUGGUUCAUUUUGGAAUCACCUUCGGCGGUAAGGCGACAGAUCAACUCCAGAUGGCAUGAGUACAAGACGGCGUCGCCCUCUCGGUUAUUGGAGGGCUGGAAGGCUACGGAGUUUGUGCCACCUUCAACAUGGGAUGCAUUCAAUUGCACGAACAAUGAAUUCGAACCUAGGUUCACGCCGAGGCAUAUCCCUAAAACCUUCUACACACAUGUGUCUGGGCCCCAGAGACAGAAGAAAUUCUGGUACCAGGUGCCAACUGUGGACGUCGGUACGUUGCAGAGCCAUGGAACUGAGCCUCAUAGACAGUUCCAGUACAUAGGCUGUAAGACCAGUCGGGCAUUUAUCAAAGCCAAUUAUGACGCUGACUGGGAGUCCGGUCGCAAUAAAUACAUCUCCUACCUCCAGGACGACUCGGACGCCACUGUUGGCAUCUUGAAGCUCCCUCACAGCGUCGAUGUUGCCUCGCAACAAGAGGCGAAAGUCGAGCUGGUGGCCAUAGUCAAAGGCUGGUCGACGCUUUUGGACGAGUUUUCAGAGAAGAGAAAGACAAGAGCGUCCUGGGACCGAUCACAAGAGGACAUCCAGCUCACGGCGGAAGAGGAAGAGGCAGAAAGGAAGUUGAUGGCUUUCCCCGAAGACGACAGACACAAACCUUGGCAGGAGGAAUGGGAUAUUCAUGAUAAGCUGAAAUUAGACUGUUGCUUCGUUCUGUGGGUCGAAUGGAAGGACGGCGUGGCGUACAGAAAGGGAUCAGGUAUGGUGCUGGCGGACAGGUGGGACGAACUCAAGGAGGCUGAAGAGAUUGAUCUAAUCCUAGGUUGAGACAGAGCUUGUUUUCUAGGGAUGCCAGCCAGACCCAGCCCCGAACAGGCAACAUUCGCCAGUCUGUUACUCAUCUUCUGGGUCUGGGCCCCUGCUGCUGCUCUAUCGUAAGCCAAACGGUGGGAUAAAUCAGGUAGAUUUAUGGUGUAACUGCUUCAUCAACUAUGCAAUCCCAUGAUUGAGUCUGCUGCAGGCAUGUUUCUGCAUGAUAGAUGAGUCACGGUAU